AUGGCAACUGACAUGCAAGGAAAAAAAACUAAAGGAAAGCAAAAGAUAGAAAUGAAAAAAAUUGAAAACGAAGAUGGCAAGCUUAUUACUUUCUCAAAGCGUAGGUCAGGGAUCUACAAGAAAGCUAGUGAACUUAUCACUUUAACUGGUACUGAACUAGCUUUCGUUGUGUUCUCGCCUGCUGGUAAGCCAUUUUCUUUUGCACAUCCUUCUGUGGAUGAAGUCACUAAUAAGUUUCUUGGCAAGCAACCACAGGCUAAUACACAAGGCAGUACUCAUCCCCUGAUCGAGGCUCAUCGCCAGGCAAGGAUUGAGGAACUAAACCGACAGAACAAUGAAUUUCUUCAUCAACUGGAUUUAAUAAAGGAGAAAGGGAAGCAACUGAAGCUGAGAAUGACAGGAAAAGAGAAAAAAGGAUGGUGGGAUUCUCCUAUUGAAGAGAUGAAUAUUCAGCAGAUUUUAGAUGCUGAAGUUUCUUGCGAGGAAAUUCGUUCGAGAUUGAUCAACAAGUUCAUGAUCAAGACUUCUGGAGGAGCUUCUUCUUCUGCAGUUCAUCAUCAAUCUCAGAUGAUGAUUCCUUUUCCUCCUAUGGGUGCUAAUGUGAUCAAUCCGCCUGUGUUUCCUCCUGAUUUUCAUUAG